UCCAAUCAGUGUUGAGCGCGGAGACUGUAAACGAGUGUACACACAAAUGGUUUUCCGCCUUCGGUGCGUGAGUUACGUGCGAGACUGCAGUUUCGUCGACCGAGCUCUAUAAAAAAUACGUCGAAAAAAUACGAAAAAAAAAAAGUUAAAAUAAAUAGGAUUUGACGAAAUAGAUAACAGUGAACCCGAAUGAUACUCGUCCGGGAAUUCGCCGGCACAAAUAUCGUCGUGUGACAUUCGACGAGUUUUGAAAAUGGAAGAGCCAGAUGCACACAAAUCAGGGAACAGCCAUGUAUCGGACAGUUCAUCAUUGGACAGAUCAACUUCCAGAAGAUCAACUCCAGGUAGAUCUACUUCAGCUAGGUCUCCUUCAAAUAGGUCUACUCCGGGUAGAUCCAUUUCAGGCAGGUCUACAUCAGGCCGGUCCACCCCGGGCUGGUCUAACUCCGGCAUGUCUACUUCGGGUAGGUCAACGCCGGCCAUGUCCACGACACCGGCCAGGUCCACUCCAGACAGAUCGACUACACCCGAACCUCCACCAGUUCCGCCAGCUACCUAUCACUGGGAGGAAGUGAAGAGAAAAAGAUCGGUGGGAGGAUACCCGUGGACCCAUCUGAAUAAGCCACCGUUUGACGAGAAUACUUGGGUGAAGUAUGAAAGGGAUCACGUAUACGAACCCGUUACGCCGGCGGCCAGCACGGAUCGGAUAUUGGCGCCGGUGGUCAAACAGGUGCAGGCGUCCGCCAAAGACGACGGCCGUCAUUUCCUGCGCAUACCGUUAACCGAGGAACUGGUGAUGGCUGACGACACGGGCUCAGAGCCCGAAAGCGAGCCACAGCGAUCCGGAGUGAAAGAGUCAGAAAAUAAUGACAACGCUGACGAGGAUGAAGACGAUAAGGAAGAAGAAGAUGAGGAGGAGGAGAACGACGAGGAGGACGUCAAGAAAAAACAGUCUGACGAGUCGAUUUACGAGGGCGAGAACGAAAACUCAUCGGUGGGCGAUGCGGAUGCGAACAAAACACGCAUGAAAAUGUUUCAGCAGAAAGUUAAGGUCAAGGCUGACAUACUGCGUACUAAAUUGCAAGGAGUAACUAAACGGAAGCCCAAGCAGAAAAUUGUGGUAGAUGCGGCGGCCAACGGUGAGAAGAGCCGCCGAAAGUUCGGACAGUUUGCUACGCUUCCUAAAAAAUUCACGUUUAACGCACCCAAAGUAAACUUUUCCACUGCGUUUGCCAACUUCACUUCGAGGAAUCAACCGGAGAAUGGCGACAAUAAUGAAGCCAGUACGGAGGACACGAAGAGCGGACGGUUCUCAAUGCCACGGUUCGGCCGGUUCUCCAGGACUUCAUCGGAGUCACCAAGGCCGUCCAAGUCGACGAAAAUCGGAGCUUCCCGUAUGUCCAUAUCCGGUUUCCGGUCACGCACCUGGUCGGACGCGUCGAAAACGUCAAAACCGGAGACUUCCAGACCCAAGAUCAUGGACUUCGGCACGUACCCGCGGAUAUUCUCCAAGAGAAGGAAAAUUAACGCGGCAAACAAGGCAAAAACGCCGCCACCCUUGGCGGGGAUGACGCAGCCGUCUGGUGGCGACGACGGAGAACCAAACAAAUUGAAGGACACGUUCCGCCGGCGCUUCUUCCGCACGCACAAAGAGUCUACGCCAGCUCCGACUGAGAAGCAAACGGCCACGCUGGCCGUGGAGGAGGAACUGGACGAAUCGCACGUGUCCAAGGAGUCUUUGGCUGAGUUCGGUGAUAGUGAUUUGCAAGAAGUGAUAUCGCUCAGCGACGACUGCAGCCGGCGAUCGAAGGACACCAAGAGCUUAUCAGACCACAGGCCGGGCGUGAUCGAAGAGAUCGACUCGGACGAGUUCUUCCUGCGCGAGAAAGGCUUAAGCCGUGGCGACGUGCACAUUAGCAAUUACUUGUCGUCGGAGAUCAGAGACGUGUUCCGGUCGAACCGCACGUGGUCAGUGGAAGGCGUCAACAACAGUACGAUCGGUAACAACAAAAACCAUAACAAUAACAACAAUAACAACAAUGACAAUAACGGCAGUGGCAGUGGCUUCGCUACGCCUUUAAGGCCAUCGCGGACCAAUUCGUUGAAGAGAACCACGCGCUCUAAGAACACAGCCGACGGAAACGUGGACCGGUUUAGCACGAUGCCGAAAUCGUUCGGAGGCACUAAGCCGGCCAAGAAGCCAGAAGAUGAUGAUGUACCGGAAAACAUUAUUACCAGCCAAACGUUUGAGCCGUCGCAAAACGGGGCCGCGCUACCGUCCACGUUCAGAGUGCCUUGGAGGACGUCCCAGAAGGAGAACUUACCGGCAACGGUCACGCACAUGCCACCAAAACCGCCAACCCGGCAUCGCAUGACCAAGUUCUCCACGUUCGACACACGGUCGAUGAUUGAUUUAUCCAGGAAGAGAAGCCAGUCACAAAUAGGAUUUCUGCCUUCGAUGAAUUUUUCGGAGACCGUCCCGAAAGCUCCGCUGCGCCGGUCCAGAACGUCGUUGGCCGGCUCCGAGCGGGACGUUUCCAUGACAAGGGACAUCCGGCCACCGUGGGCAGUGGACAACAGCGGCGGCGGCGGCGGCGGAGGCAGCGGUGCACCGACACCGCCGUUGCGACGUUCUCGGAUGUCACUGACGACGGACGCGGACGUCGAGGAACGGUCGGUGGCCGCGGCGGUGAAAACCAGGGACACACCGCCACGACCUCCGCCUCCGACAGUGACAGCCGGCUACGCGACCGUGGACAAGUCGCAGUCCAUGUCGCUGCUGCAUCCACCGCAGUCGCCCGUUAGGCACAGGCGGAAGAAGUCGUACGACGUGAUCAAGAGCCAAGAGUUCGGCGCGUUCUUCACCAUACCCAGGUCGUACACUUUCAACCGGAACGCGCCGUCGUCGUCGGACCGAGAUCGGCGACCCGAGGCCGAGCUACUGGCACCGCCUUCGAGGCCGGCACGCGCGUACAACACGAUCGGACCGUCGCGGCCGCUCCGGCGCCGGUUGCCGACCCGCGAACAUGAGUACGGCGACGUGGUGGACACCGAGACGCCGGCCGCGGCCGCGGGGCGCGGCGAUCAGAGGAAAACGAUGACCGUGACCCCUCGGUCCUCGUCCCUGGACGACGGCGCGACCAGUCCCGUAGCCGAAAGCUCGACCAAAGCGCUGUUCUCAGGCGACGUAAUCGAGAAGAUGAAGCUGCGGCCGUUGCCUUCACCGCCGCCGCCGCCGCGCAUCAAGACCAAACCGCUCAACGACAACGACGUGGACGAUAACGGAUCGCGUUACCCGCGCCGCAACACCGACUCGGCCCUGGUCCCUUUUUUAGAUCAGCGAGAGACAUCUGUAACGUCGUCUGACGACUUCUUUGCCGAUGUUUCUCGCGCCCUGCUCGCGUCCGCCGCCAAAAACACACCGGCCGCCGUCGCGGCGGACGACGUGUCCGUCGGCGUGCAGACGGACCCGUUACCGGACGGCUACGAGCUGGACGACGCGAGCUCUUGCUGUUCCGGCGAAUCCGACCGACCGCGGUCCGUUGCGUCGUCGUCCACCGCGGCCGCGCGCCCGCCGACCGCGCGGACGUCGGCCUUGGCUCCCGCGGACCGGCCGACCCCGAUCACUUCGACCACGUGCACCGAGUACGUGGACCGGUCCGUCUCGAGGAUGGCCGCGGUCGAGAACGGUUACGUGACGUUGCCGCGCGACGCGACGGUGGCCGGCGGCGUCAUUUGCGCGCAGCGGAUAAGCGUCAACGAGCUCCAGGUGCGCAAGAUGACGGUGGCCGAGUUGCGCGGGCAGCGCAUGGGCGUGGACGACGUGCAGAUCACGCACAUGGCCACCGCGACGGUGCCGUCGCUGAAGGAGGCGGCUUGUGCCGCGACCGCGAUGCCGUCGCCGUGCACCGAUUUGCAACAUCACCAACUACAGGACGAUGCCGCAUCGGUGCAGUCGUCGCGCGUGUCCUCGUCAAUGUACCCGGAAGUGGACUCUGAAGAGGAUCGGUCCAGUGUGUUGGCCGCCCCCACUCCACCCCGGCGACGCAGCAAACCGUCGACUUCCGAUAAACACUCGCCACGUGCCAACGGCGAUGCUAAGCGUUUGCUCGACACGCCCCCCGCCACCGCCGUCGACCUGUCCACCGAUCCGUCCAUAACCGAGCUCAGCUGUCAGCUGUUCCGGUUGUGUCACUCGAACGUGUGCAGCAUGUUCAACAAAGUGGUGCAGCAGGUGGUACCGGAGGACACCGAGAAGCGGCGGGACCUGCAGGCCGCCCUGUGCUUCCUGAGCAUCAUACUCGCCGGUAUGCUGAUACUGGGAUUCGGCAACGAGAAGACCAUCCAUCACCACCACUGGGACUUUCAGUUUCCGCCUUCGAACCAGUAGCCAGGCGUUCACCACGUUGUUUCUUUAAUGUUUUGCAUUUCGUAAAUUUUUUUUCAUUUUAAA